UCCCGCCACCAGUUAGCUCCUCCCGGGUCUGGUGCCUCUGAGUGUCGUGGGCAUGGCGCUGCACGUGUUUCUUGCCGUGUUGAGCCUCCUACCGCUGUUAGAAGCUCAGAAUGCAGAACAUGCCAACAUCACCAUAGGCACGCCAAUCACCAAUGAGACCCUGAGCUGGCUCUCUGGCAAAUGGUUUUUCAUGGGCGCGGCUUUCCAAAACCUCAAGUACAAGCAGGAUGUUCAAAAGCUGCAGACGGUAUUUUUUUACCUUACCCCCAACUUGAUAAACGACACGAUGGAGGCUCUGGAGUUUCUGACCAUAGAUGACCAGUGUGUCUAUAACUCCACCCAUCUGAGAUUCCAGAGAGAGAAUGGGACCAUCUCCAAGUUUGAAGGAGGAGUAGAAAUUCUUGCUCACCUGAUAGUGCUGAAGAAACACGGGGCCUUCAUGUUUGCCUUUGACCCGAAGGAUGAGAAGAAACAGGGGCUGUCCUUCUACGCUAAAAAGCCAGAUUUAGCCCCAGAGCUGAGGGAAAUAUUCCAGAAGGCUGUCAAACACAUGCGCAUGGAUGAAUCCGAAAUCGUAUUUGUUGACUGGAGAAAGGAUAAGUGCAGUCAGCAGCAGAAGCAGCUUGAACUGGAGAAGGAGACCAAGAAGGACCCUUAGGAAAGCCAGGCAGCUCUCUGAACUCCUUGGGCUGUCGCCAUGCCCACCCCACCCAACCCCACCCCUGUGCACUUGAUUCUGUCUUUGCAACAAUAAAGUUUUGGUGAAACAGUCAA